GACCCAAGUGGCCCCGCUGGUGCAAGGGACAGGCUGUGCCUUUUGCCAAGCAUUAUUCUGCCUGAGCUCGACUGGGCUUCGACGAAUUUUCUCCUGACAUCUCAGGCCUCAAUCCAUUAACACAUCGCUUUCCUUCUUGAUCAGGAACACCCCGCGACGACAACAUCCCACCUCUCUUCACCACCAAGACCGAGGCGAUAUCCUUAUUACGCGUCGAGCCCUAAUACGUGUGGACCGAUAACCCCGCCUCUGUUGCACGCCACAUCACUGCCGCACACCACCUCACCUCUCACUUUUGCUCAGGUCCAACCAAAGUCGUUGAAGCUGUAGCUUCAUAUCAGUUACUUAUCUGCUCGAGAGCGGCCAUCCUUACCUAGACAUCGAACGACUUUUAUCUUUUUACCUGUUCGACUCUUGCUCCCACCGUUUAUCUCACCACCUUUGCCUUUCGAACUCGCCCAUAUUCAAGAUGAGCGUGGUAUAUGAGGCCCGCAACUUCAUGCAUGAGAGCGACUAUCCGCCCAUGGAUGAGCACCACCACGAGCAUCACGAGCACCACGAUGCUGCUGCUGCUGCCGAAGUCGACCGCUUCGCUGAGACUCACGAUGCUGUGGUGAACGAGCUCGCUCACGUCGCCAGUUUUGCUGAGCAAGCCGCUCCCUUUGUUGAUGCCAAGAACUUCGUCGACGUGACGGUCUCGACUGAGGAGACCCCCAGCCUCGACCUGGCUCCUCCAGCUCCUGCCCCCACCCUGGCCGUAAAGGAAGACUCGCCUGUUGCGACCUCUCCUCAGCGAAGCAAGGCCAUCCCAAAACCACAUCGGGAGGAGACAAAGAACCACGAGGGCAAGUUCAUCUGCACAUAUCCGUCAUGUGGUGAGGAGACCAGAACCUUCAGCCGCAAAUGCGAGUGGAACAAGCACAUGGACAAGCAUGACCGGCCAUAUAAAUGUCUGGCUCCAGGAUGUGAGAAGCUGCCAGGCUUCACUUAUUCGGGUGGUCUAUUGCGCCAUGAGCGCGAAGUCCACCAGAAGCAUGGCGGCCCCAAGAACUCGUUCAACUGUCCACAUCAAAACUGCAAGCGUGCCACCGGCAAAGGCUUCUCUCGUCAGGAAAAUCUCAACGAGCACCUCCGGCGUGUGCAUACGCAGAAUGGAGGGUCGCCAGAAGGAGAUGCAGAUGAUGCUGCCAGCGAUCACGUCUCAACAGCGCUCGUUCUAGGUCCAGCCAAGCGCAAACGUGACGACCAGAACGAUGAGACGGAACGUCUUCGGGAAGAGGUCAAGAGGCUGCGGCAGGAGAAGGAGGAGCUGCAGAAGCAGGUCCAGAUGCAGAACCAGCAGACAGCCGACUUUCUGGCACGGAUCCACCAACUCGAAGCCGAGCGGGCGGUGGCGGCAGCGGUCCCGAUGGAAGCGAGUUCCCUUGUUGCAGCCACGUCACAACUGAUUUAGGGAACAGAAGACGACAAUAUAGCUUAUCUCGAUCCUCGCAUCUCCACGCCCGGCUACCCUGAUCUGGACUAUCAUCAAUACGGCAACCAAAUCGACGGCGACGAGCAUUAUCUGUAUUCUGCUUAGACGAGGGAACAGCACAUACAUCAUUCUUUUGUGUUCCCUUUGUUUUUUCUUUUUUUUAUUCACGGCUCUAUUUUAUCAAGUAGCUUGGCUGUUCGAGUUUGGCCUGGGCAUUUUUACCGGUUACGAUUCCCAUCUCUUUGUGGUCACGGACAGGUCGACCAUCAACGAGAACGCAUUGCAUAUGGAGGAGUUUGGGCUUUUUUUUUUUCAUCUUUAUUUUUUUGUUUCUUUUUUCGUUUACUCUUUCUGCUAUUUCUUUUUAAUGUAACGAUAUGGCUUGAGCGACAUCGCAUUUCCUGCUGGGUCUAUACAAUGUUCCUUUUAGGGCGUCUGGGUUUGGUUGGGUGGCAGUGAUAGGCAAGAAACGGUCACAAGACUGGAAACUUUUACACGGGGUUUUACAUGGGGUUAAACGGAGAGAACUGGCGUUUUUUCAGAUGGACCUAUGGUCACGGGCUGUUUUUCUGUACUGCACUUCAAAUCGUGCUUUGUUCUUAUUGUUCACUGUAUGGAAGAGGAAAAGGAUGUAGUAGUGUAUUCUUUCGGUUGAAAGAGGCGGAGUUGUUGGUGGUGAUUGCUCUUUGGCCACAAGCGUGGACGACGCUAGAUGGAACACGAUAAUCGCUGGU